UGAUGGCGGCCUCCAGAUAUUUUUACCCCUGCGGCGCAGACGAAAGCAAACAAUGCUUUAACAACAGUAACAUAGGCUACAUCAUAGACAGUGGAUUGUGUGCUGGCUUACAAUGCUUUAACAACAGUAACAUGCUACAUCAUAGCCAGUGGAUUGUGUGCUGGCUUACGUGCUUAUUAAAAUAUUAGAGUCAGUGGUUUAGGUUUAGAGCUUUCUUCAGGUACCUCGGUCAGGUAUUACAGGAGUGUCAGGUACCUAGGUCAGGUAUUACAUGAGUGAGUCAAGCCUGUGGUUGUAGGAUUAGGUUAAAUACAGGUUCACGUGAUCUGUGGGUUUAGGUUAUUGUUGUGUAGACUAGAAUGUAGCGAUUCACAGGGUUUUUAUGUGCACUAUAGGGCGACUUCUUUAUAAGACUAAGCUAGUCUUCGUGGUGUUAAACAAAACUGGAAUCUUAAAGAAUUGACGAAUGUGAAUCUCUAUGGAUAGAUAAUUAAGUUGAGAACUGAGUUGUCGAACAUUUGUCUCAUUGGAUUGUCUAACUUCCGUACAUAUGAAAAGGUCUCGAGGCAAGAUGGCGCCCGAGCACUCACAGAAGUCAUUGCUGAAGAUGGACCACAGCAACAUCUACAAGGAGAACGUGGUGCUGGAGGAGGGUCUGAUGGAGCAUAUCGGGAACAUCAAGAGGGACGAGCGCCGCAUCAUGGCGGAGGCGGGGGAGCAGUUGGAGGAGAUCCGGAAACAGGUGGAGGUCAUCACCAAGCUGCAGGAGGCGGUCAGGAACCGGAACCCCGGGGAGUCGGUGGACAUGUUGACCAACACCCGCGCCACGCGCUACGGCAUCGACUUCGCGGAGCUGGCCAAAACGAGCCGCUCCCAGACCAAGCUGGACCUCGAGCGAGAAAAAUUCAGCUCCAAAAAUUUGUUCAACGUCCGAAGGGCGAGGUCAGAGGUCGGGUUUGAGUCACUUCCGGUGAAAAAGUUUUUCCACCCUCCGGUGAUAGAGGUGGAGACGGCGCCCUCUGUUGUGGCAGAAGCAGACGACGAAACAAAGCCGGCAUUGCCGGAACCUACGCCCGAACGGGUGAAGAGCUCUAAGGGGUAUCUUAAACCAACAGCUUCGUCACAAAUCGGCGUCAGGCCGGCAACUUCCGGUCAUUUCAUGAACUCGAAACCGGACGACCUUCUCCCACCACGCGCUCAAACAGCGGUGUACAGGUCAAGGUCGCGCCGUGAACUUGAACUUUUAAGCCGCGUCUCGCCGCAGGAGGACGACACGCUGCUCACCUUCGACAACAGGAGGCGCACCAUGGAGGUGCUGGGGGAGCGGAGGCGGAGGUCAAGGCUGGAGAAGCUCCGGGUCGAGUCCAGCUGUCUGCAGGGCAAGGUCAACGAGUUCAUCACGGACAUCGAGAGGUUCAACCAGCGGCAGACGGUCAAAAACAGCCUGCAGAGGAGAGAUACUGCCUUGGUCUUUAAAGGGUUAACCACUGUUUUGUAACUUGGGGCUGUUUUGUAACUUGGGACUGAUGGCUGUUUUGUAACUUGGGACUGAUGGCUGUUUUGUAACUUGGGACUGACGGCUGUUUUGUAACUUGGGACUGAUGGCUGUUUUGUAACUUGGGACUGAUGGCUGUUUUGUAACUUGGGACUGACGGCUGUUUUGUAGUUUUCGGCCAACAGCUACUUUAUAAACUUACGGCCAACCUAGAGAAAGAAAAUAGCCGUCAUUGUGUUAAGUAAGGGCUGUUGAUUAACUACAAACACCAUUCUGGUCGAUAUUCACCCAUACUGCCUUUUAUAGUUACAUGUUUCACUAAGUCGCAGUCACGUAGUGCUUCGAACUAUUGAGUUGUUGUUUUGCUAAUGGCCAAAUAAUUUAAACAAUACGUCAAAUUCCGUUACUCAUUAUUAAAGCCGCUUUCAGUUUAGCGAUAUUAAGAAAUGAUUGGAUAUAUAAGAAAUAUAAAAAUGCAUGCUGUGUUAUAUUUUCAAUCCGCUCAUUUCCAUUAAAACCCAAGGCCAAUCCACUUUGAUUAGAGACUUACGUAAAGACGGCUCUAAAUCAUAUAACAUUGGAGCAAUCUAUAACAACUCAUUAAAUGUCGUAUAUAUAUAUAUAUGACGUCACACUUCUAAAACGACUUAAUCCCCCCCUCCCCUUCCUCUAGCCCCAUCAUCAAUCGUCUUAAAAUAUCCGACCACUCUCCCUAAAAUCACGUUAAGCUUUCGCAAAAGUGUGACGUCACUCCUAAGGGUACCCCCCCCCCUCUUAAACAGUCUGGAGUCAAACUUCUAGAAGUAGGAAGUCAAUUAAAAGCUCCAUAAUCAUUCAACAGCAGGGCUUUGCUAAAAGUGUGAGAAAGUUAUUAUAAAAUAGUGUGGUAAGUUUUAAAUCAAUUAUUCCCAAAUAUUUCACAACGGCUAUUUUAGCCUGUUGCUUCAGCAAUGUACCGUAUCGAGUUUACAACUGUUGCAUGAUUGAUUUCCAAUAAUCAAUACAGCGAAGAUUAAAAUCUUACCGUAUACAUUUACACAGUAAAAGCAGUUCAACAAAUAUCAACUAGUAAAUACCCGUGUUACAACGUGUGUUAAUAUAACCGUUGGUGUAGAUAAAAAUAUUUUUGUAAUGUACAUUUAUCUUUUUGAUAUGCAUUAAAAGUGUUAUUUGUGUUGAUAAAUAUUGUCCCUUGUCAAUAUUAGGUAGUACUAAUACAUGUUUUUACCAUGAGUAUGUUUCUGAUAUUGAUAUUUCACUUUCAAUCAUAAAAUAUUUCCCCAAGCUGUAAAUGUUUAUAUAUUCGACACAAAUAUUUGUUUCAUAUUUUAAACACAUUCUCUGCCAUGUAAAA